CAACAUCCACUGCUCCUCCAGCGCUAACCAGCAAGGGUGGCUGCAUGAGGAAAGUCUGAAAUAGCGUGUUUGACUUGUGGUUUGACACCAGUUGCUGCCAGUGACACAGAGUCAUGUUGACUGUCGAAACAUGUGGAGGGAAGCGCUCGUUCUCUACCUGCUCCUGACAUCUCUUCAGCUCCUCCUGGCUCGGGAAAAUAUCACCGCUGCUGUCUCUCCUCAGGACUGCAGCCUUGAAUGUGUGCAACAGGGAGGACCUGGAUGUGAAUACUGCAGAGUAACCAGAGCUGAUGUGCAGAGGAUCCUGGGCUUCCGCCCCAUUGAAGCGUUUGGAAGCUGUAUUCCAUGGCCAUGUUUCGAACUGCUUGGUGAAGAAGACCCUGAAGUGUGUAAGCACUACGUUCACGCGCCGAAUGAUGUGACGGUGGAGUUUUUACAGGAUCCGAACCCAAAAUCUGACACCAUCGUUGUCUCCUGGAAGCCCAGUUAUUACGGGAUCGCCUUCCUGCGAGGCUUUCAGGUGUCCCUCCAGGCCCUGGGAGGGUCUCACAUGGCAUGCCAGCUCUUUCUCUUCCAUCGAAACCUCUCCCUCUCCGCCUCACAUGCUCAGAGGGUUUACAAGUCGGACCCUUUCCCUGGCCUCCUCCUGGGAACCCAGUACGCCAUCACCGUCAUGGCUCUGCCGGUGCCCGAGCAGUGGGAGAGGUUCUACCACAGCAAGACCUUCUCCACUCGCUCAUGUGCAGAGAAGAUCGGCUUCGAGCAGUGCAAGAAAGACUGGUACCCCAAACAUAUUGACGUCCAACAGAACGGGACUGAUGUCACUGUGACCUUUAACCUCGCUCCUCCAAGCCUGGGCAUCAAAGGCUACUUCUCACUGUGUUAUGCAAAUGGCAUGAAGAAAUACAUGAACAUCAGACCUAAUUCCAGCAAAAACACGACUCACCACAGCUAUCAGCUGCACGGCCUCCAAGAAGGAAUCAAUUACACUUGUGAGAUUGCAGCCGAUGAGGUGGAUGCAGUGAGGAAAACAUUCCGCGUCCUGAUCACGCCCGUUCAACAAAAGGCCUUGCCGCUCACUGCCAUCCCCCCCCUGGCUCUGAUCCUUCUACUUGGCCUUUCCUUGGCAGCCAUAUUUACAAUCCUCCUGGCUGUCCUUAUCAAGAGGAGGCCCAAGCUGCAGAUGAAGAAAUCAUUCAUAAGGCCAGACAUUAUUGAGCAUCAUCAACAGAGGAGCACUGCCGGGGAGGUGAUGUUGCCGCCAAGCAACAGGUCGACUCCUCCUCGCCUUCUCAUUUGCUACAGCCGCCAAGAUGGCCCCGCCCAUGUCCGAGCCGUCAUGCAGUUAGGCGUCUUCAUACAACAGCACAUGGCCACUAAGGUCUGCCUGGACCUGUGGGACUCCCUGAGUGUAGCCGAGGAGGGCACCAUGGGCUGGCACUGCCGGCAAAUCCAGGAGUGCGACUUUGUCUUGGUAAUCUGUUCCCGAGGCCUAAACUACAGGUCUCAGCUGUGUCACCUGGACACAGAGGCUGGUUAUGAUGAGCAUGAGGAGGCAGACAAAGAGCUGGGCUGGGGGUCCAACACCUCCAGCUGUGCUGCAGCCAUCCCCCUUAUCAGAAUGGAGGUGGGCCACGCCAUAGCCAGGGGGCGGGACCUGUCCAAAUACAUGACAGCCACUUUUGAGUACUCCGAGGAGACGGACAUCCCCACUGAGCUGAGGCUGGUGUCUCACUACACCUUGACCAGGGACUUGCCUCUGCUCUUCUCCCACCUCCACGGGGUGGCUCUGCACAGACCUGGGAGGUGCCUGAAGAUAGAGCAUGUCUCAGAAGAGGGGUUCACUAAGUCACCGGCUGGAGCAGCUCUGCAGCUGGCUAUCUGUGAGGCCUCGAUGGCGCUGAGGGACAAAGAGCUCCACCACAUGGAAGGAAGGGACUAAGCUAUAAAUGGCCAAUAAAGCCAUCCUGUUAAUUUCCUCAAAUGUUCUCGAGAAGGAUUGUAUCUGUAAAAUCAAUCCAAGCUACUUAUUCACAUAGUUGGUGCAUUUCAAACGUUUGAUUCCCUGUUGAGUUUUAUGUGAUUACUUGCAGAUGCCAGUAAUAGCAAGACAGAUGCAUUGUGAUUGUAUCAUGAGAGCCUUUGUGUGUGUGCAUGUGUGUGUGUGUGUGUGUGUGUGUUUGAGUGAGUGCAAACUGUUGCACUGAAAAAGAACUGAAGGGUCCAUUUAAGAGACUGCAUGGUUAUAGGCGCACAAGUAACUAGAAGACAUGGUGAAAGCCAUUGUAAAUUGUAAAACAUUUAUACUGUAUGCAUUGUAAAUACAUAUAGACAUAAACA